GGGCCAAUGAGGGCGAAGGGCGGGCUUCGGUCUCUCCGGGCGCCCGGCUUCCGGCCCCGCCUCCUCCCAAGAUGGCGACGGUGGCGGAGCUGAAAGCGGCCCUGAAGGAGGCGCUGGGUCGGAGCGGGGCGCUGGGGCAGGUGCGCGCCCGCGUCCGGGCAGAGGUCUUCGCCGCGCUGGACGACCCGGGCGAGCCGCGCCCCGCCGCCCCCCGAGAGACGCUCCUGCUGAACGAGCUGAUCCGCGAAUACCUGCAGUUCCAGCGCUUCCACUGCAGCGCCUCCGUCUUCCUGGCCGAGUCCGGCCAGCCCGAAAUCCCCUUGGACCGAGAUUUCCUCGCCAAGGAGCUGCACGUCGUGGAGGACACCAGCAGCAGAUCCGUGCCGCUUUUGUAUGGAAUUCUAACUCAGCUGUUACAAGGCAGCGAAGAGAAGGCCCCCCCACACGUCCCCCAGAGGCCCCUCGGUGGCACCUUCAAAGUGGACCACCAGAAAGCCCUCUAAUUGAAGCAGUUAAAUGGAAACUGUUGCAGACUCGGAACGUGGUGUGAGGCUUUUGAAGAUACAUGGGUUUCACAAGACAUCCAUAAAUAAAGUAACCGCAUCUUUUUAUGAGUA